AUGGAGCCUUCCGCUUCACUGUCUUUGGCUGCUUCUUCAGCCUCAUCCAUGACGAUCGACCCAUACAACCUCUCCCUGGCUGAUCAAUUAGGUUUGCUCUUAGUCACUCAACAACUCAGUAAGGACAACUAUCAUUCAUGGAGCCGCGCUAUACGAAAAGCCCUCAAUGCCAAGAGAAAGCUUGGCUUUAUCACAGGUUCUGUUCCUCAACUUGAUCCUACCACUGAACCAAAUAAAUUUGAAAACUGGCAGUGUGUCAAUGAUGUAGUGAGUACUUGGAUCCUAAACUCUAUUUCAAAAGAGAUAGCCACUUCACUGGUGUAUACAAAUUCGACUACUGAACUUUGGAAUGAUUUGAAAGACCGAUUUCAGCAUGGCAAUAGCCCUCGUGUUUUCGAGUUAAAACGUAAUUUGAUGAAUCUCUGCAAGGUACGAUGA